GACAAGUUGCUGCAUGCAAAAACAACAAAAUCACACAAAAGACACAGCACAGGCUUCGAGCCAGAGACAGCAAAGUUUUGUAAUAUAAUUAAUAAAAACAUUUUAUAAAUUAUUUUUAUUCUAUGAAAUGUAGUUUAUGAGUCUGGAUAUAGAAUGAAGAUCCUCCUCAACUUCACCUUCUACCUGAUAAUAGCUGGAACUGAUGCUGUAACUACAGUAACUGGAUACAGAGGAAGAUCAGUUCAGAUUAAAUGCCCCUAUGAAUCUGGAUAUGAAAAGAACAUCAAGUAUCUCUGCAGAGGUAAAUGUUCCUAUUUGUGGACUAAAGACAUUCCUGUUCAGUCUGGAUCUCCUCCUAAAGACACCAGAUUCUCUCUGUAUGACAACACAACAGCCAGAGUCUUCAUCAUCACCAUCACUGAUCUGAGAACUGAGGAUGGAGGCACUUACUGGUGUACGAUACAGCAGACAGUGACUGAUAUUUACACAAAGCUUCUACUGCUGGUUAAAACAGAUGAUCCUACUGUCAGUACUGUCUCCCAGUCCAUGCACACUACACACUCUGCUUCAACAUAUAUCAUGAGUCCAGUGCAUGUGGAGGCCCCACUCAAAACAACAGAUAUUCCAGGUAUAGCUAACUACGUCAUGAUCAGUACAGGUGCAGGGCUGUUUGUUGUUGGUGUGAUUUUAGCAAUCUACUGCAAAAUAACUUGUCAAGGCUCUGAAACUCUGACACAAUCAUCCAGAGAGACAAAUAAAGAACCUGAAAAUGACCAAAAUUUACUUCCGGUCCAAGCAAGAGAAAAUUCCAGUUUACCUGAAACUGUCUACAUGAGUCUAGACCCAACCACCAGCCGAUCAGACUCAGUCUACCAGAGUCUGUCAAUUUCUAAUAACCAUUCAGACUCAGUCUACCAGAGUCUGUCCAUUACUAGUAACCAACGAGACUCAAUCUACCAGAGUCUGAGCUUUCCAAAAACCAAUUAGAUUUAGGAUACCACUGUUCACCAUCCAAGUGGGCUGGUUUUAACUGCCAAAGUGAUUAUUGUUUCUUAAUUGUUUGUUUGUUUGUUUUCUGUAAGGUUUUUGACUUUAAGACUUUCAGUCUACCAAAAUCCAACCAUUACCAAAAGCAAUCUGAAUCUAAGCCUUCAAGACUGACCUUUACUAAUAACCAAUUAGACUUAGUCUUCCAGAAUCCAACUCUUACACUAAUAACUAAGACAAGUCAGGAUAACACUGCUGACUAUCCAAAACACUACUGACCUCCCCAGCAGACAUUUUUCAAUUCAAUUCAGUUUUUUUUUUGUAGGGCGCUUUUAACAAUGAGCAUUGUCUCAAAGCAGCUUUACAUAAGAAACAAUAUAAGAAAACAACAAACAUAUAAACAGACAAACAUUACUAGAUGUUAUCCCAAGUGAGCAAGCCUGAGGUGACUGAGGUGACUGUGGCAAGGAAAAACUCCCUUAGAUGGUAUGAGCAAGAAACCUUGAGAGGAACCAGACUCAAAAGGGAACCUCAUCCUUAUUUGGGUGACUCCGGAGAGUGUGAUUAUAUUGUGCAUCUAUGUGUAGUCAGUUGUGUGAUGCCGAUACAUGUGUAGAAUAUUAUGUAAAUUAAUAAGGAGGUUGUUGUCGUCCACAUAAGGUUGGCAGCGUUGCUUUGAAUACCCCAAUCCUCACAAGCAGAACCCGGCUGGAGCUGGUCCAUCUCCGGACGCCACUGGAGCCGGCACAGUCUCUGUAUGCCUCGGGAUGGGUAGAAGAAGGGAAAUAAUGGAACAGCAUUAGCGUAGCUGCUGUUCAUAAUAUUAGCAGCACUAGAUGAUAAUGUGCAUUUAAUCAGAUGUACUGGAGCACAAGGUUAUGGGAUGUGUUAGAUGUAUGCCAGGAUAAAGAGAUAAGUCUUUAGUCCAUGUUUAAACUGGGAGACUGUGUCUGAGCCCCGAACACUGUCAGGAAGACUAGUCCAAAGUUUAGGAGCUAAAUACGAAAACGCUCUACCCCCUUUUGUGGACUUUGAUAUUCUGGGAACUACUAGAAGUCCGGAAUUUUGUGAUCUAGUGUGGUGGAUUGUAACGUUACAUUUUGCCUGAUCUGUUGGAUAACUCAUUUGCUGUUCUUCUUUUUUUUUUUUUUUAAUAGUUUCUAAAUGAACCUUAAUUCAACUUGUCA